AUGAGUACCGCCAGGUCGUCCUUCUCGAGAGUGCUCCGCAUCCAACGACAACAAUCGCAAGUCCGCCCUAACAGUCUCCCGCGUCCCCUCUUCUACCGCCAAUUCCACGCGUCAACACAACUCGACAUUGUAAAACCAUUCCUACUUGCAGACAUUGGCGAAGGUAUUACCGAAUGCCAAUUGAUCCAAUGGUUUGUUCAGCCUGGGGCUAGGGUUGAACAGUUUGACAAGCUAUGCGAAGUUCAAUCGGACAAGGCGUCAGUGGAAAUUACGAGCCCGUUCGAUGGAGUCAUCAAGAAGCUUCACUACGAUCCCGAUGACAUGGCUAUCACGGGCAAGCCAUUGGUAGACAUUGAUAUCCAGCAAGAGCUCAGUGCCGAAGACGAGGCCAAGCUAGGAGGAGAGGGUGAAGGAGAGGCAGACACUAGCGUGGGCAAUGGCUCGAAAGCAGAAACAGUAGCACAACACAGUGAGAUGCAGGCAGGGAGCGGAGAACAAGAGCUCAGUGAACAGAGUAGACGGAAAGAUCCACAACGCUCUCAACCACGCCAAAGCAGAGGGCACAUGGGCUCGCUCGCAACACCUGCAGUAAGACAUCUGACCAAGGAGUUUGACAUUGACAUCACGGAUGUGCAGGGCACAGGCAAGGAUGGCAGAGUAUUGAAAGAGGACAUCCACAAUUUCGUCUCCCAGCGGAAUGAGAAGUCACAAGAAAUGCCUUCAGUAGCAUCGUCGCCAGCACCAGCACCAGCAACCAAGGAUGACCGGAGGGUGACUCUCACGCCCGUACAGACACAGAUGUUCAAGGUAAUGACUCGUUCACUGAGCAUUCCCCACUUCCUGUACACAUGCUCGGCAGAUAUGACGGCUGUCACAAACAUGCGGAAGAAGAUCAGCACAUCUUCGCAACAGAAGAUCACACAUCUUGCUUUCAUCAUGAAAGCUCUGAGUUUGGCCCUGCUACGACACCCGCUGCUCAACUCCUCGUUGGACACAAAAGAUCCCAAAAAGCCAGAGUUGACAUAUCGGGCGUGCCACAACUUCGGUAUUGCGAUCGAUAYGCCUUCAGGACUGGUGGUGCCAGUCGUUCACAACGUGCAAGACCUCAGCAUUGCUGAGAUCGCGAAGACCAUGCGGCGACUGUCAGAGUCUGCGCGCAACAACAAGCUCGCACCGUCAGACUUCAAAGGUGCUACCUUCACAGUCUCGAACAUUGGUUCUGUGGGCGGAGGCGUUGUGUCUCCCGUCAUUUCAGAGCCGCAGGUAGCCAUUCUUGGGGUGGGCAGAUCCAGGGUUGUCCCGGCGUUCAACGAGCAUGAUGAGUUGGUCAAGAGGGAAGAGCUUGUACUCAGCUGGAGUGCUGAUCACCGGGUCGUUGAUGGGGCAGAGUGCGCGAGAUGCGCGGAGAGAGUGAAGACCUUGUUGGAAGAUCCAUCGGUCAUGAUGGUAGAAAUGCGGUAG